CCAAAAGCGAGCAGAAACCAGCCGUUGCAGUUGCCAGUUGCCACCGCCGAUGCUAACAUACUGGCUACUAAUAGAUAUCUAUCACCGACACUCGCAUUCCCCACAUUUCUCGCACUAAACGUCUAAACCGACGUUCAUCACCUCUCUCACACAAAUGCACUUGUUAGUUGGUUGAUCGGAGACACUGAGUUAAAAGGUCUGUUUUGGCGGUGGAUGGAAAAUGGAGUACAUCCACAAUUUGCCGACCAUGGAUCUAAUGCGCUCCGAGAAGAUGAUGUUCGUGCAGCUCAUUCUCCCCGUCGAGUCCGCUCACCGUGCUGUCUCUUAUCUCGGCCAACUCGGUCUCAUGCAAUUCCGCGACUUAAAUGAUGAGAAAAGCCCUUUUCAGAGAACAUUUGUUAAUCAGGUUAAAAGAUGUGCUGAGAUGUCCCGGAAACUACGUUUUAUCAAAGAUCAGAUACAUAAAGCUUGUUUGACACCAUCUUCUAAUUCAUCUUCUCAAUCUGAUACUGAUUUAGAAGAAUUAGAGAUUCAACUUGCUGAGCAUGAGCAUGGGUUAAGUGAAAUGAAUGCUAAUAGUGAGAAACUGCAGCGGACAUACAAUGAGCUGCUUGAGUUUAAGAUGGUAUUGCAGAAGGCAGGAGACCUCCUUUUACCAAGUGAGAGUCCUAUGACAGCCCAGGAUACAGAAUUAAAGGACAAUGUCCAUAUUAGUAAUGAUUAUGCAGACACCUCGUCACUGCUGGAUCAGGAGAUGCUAAAUGGACCUUCUAAUCAGUGUGGUGUGGGAUUUGUUAGUGGUAUCAUCCCUAAAUCUAAAGUCCUAAGAUUUGAGAGGAUGCUCUUUCGUACAACAAGGGGAAACAUGCUUUUCAAUCAGGCACCAGCUUAUGACCAAAUCCUGGAUCCUGCAACAAAUGAGAUGGUUGAGAAAACAGUUUUCAUCGUAUCAUUCUCAGGGGAACAGGUGAGAAUAAAAAUUCUGAAAAUUUGUGAAGCUUUUGGUGCAAAUUGCUAUCCUGUUCCAGAAGAAAUGACCAAGCGGAGGCAUAUAACUCAAGAGGUUCUAUCACACCUGUCUGAUCUGAAGACAACCUUAGAGGCUGGCCUCUGUCAUCGAGAUAAGGUUUUGACAUCCAUUGGAUUUCACCUCCCUAAGUGGAUGAACAUGGUGAAAAGGGAAAAGGCUGUUUAUGACACAUUAAAUAUGCUGAAUUUUGAUGUCACAAAGAAGUGUUUGGUGGGUGAGGGUUGGUGUCCUAUCUUUUCUAAAACUAAGAUACAGGAAGCUCUGCAACGUGCAACAUGUGAUAGUAAUUCACAAGCUGAUAUAAUCUUUCACGUGAAGGACUCAGUUGAGUCUCCUCCAACAUAUUUUCAAACCAACAAUUUCACAUAUGCAUAUCAAGAAAUUGUUAAUGCAUAUGGUGUUGCUAAAUACCAGGAGGCGAACCCUGCAGUUUAUACAAUUAUUACGUUUCCGUUUCUUUUUGCUGUCAUGUUCGGGGACUGGGGUCAUGGUAUAUGCUUGUUAUUAGGGGCGCUGAUCCUAAUUGUCCGUGAAAAGAAACUUGGUUCUCAAAAACUUGGCAGCUUCAUGGAGAUGCUAUUUGGUGGUCGAUAUGUACUCCUCCUGAUGUCUCUCUUUUCAAUUUAUUGUGGCUUGAUAUACAACGAAUUUUUUUCCGUUCCUUUUAACAUAUUUGGAAGCUCUGCCUAUCGAUGCCGGGAUGCUACAUGCAGUGAAUCUCGUUCUAUUGGUUUAGUCAAAUAUCAUGACACAUAUCCAUUUGGCGUGGAUCCAAGUUGGCGUGGAAGUCGUUCUGAGCUGCCUUUCUUAAAUUCUUUAAAAAUGAAAAUGUCUAUUUUGUUCGGCAUUGCACAAAUGAAUUUAGGAAUCAUCCUAAGUUAUUUUAAUGCUCGCCACUUUCGCAGCUUGCUUGAUAUUAAGUAUCAGUUUGUACCUCAAAUGAUCUUCCUUAACAGUCUGUUUGGGUAUCUUUCACUUCUCAUCAUUACCAAAUGGUGUACUGGUUCUGAAGCAGACCUUUAUCAUGUGAUGAUUUACAUGUUCUUGAGUCCUUUCGAAGACUUAGGUGAAAACCAGCUGUUUUGGGGUCAGAGCUUUUUCCAGGUUAUAUUGUUGCUUUUGGCUGUUAUUGCUGUUCCAUGGAUGCUCUUUCCAAAACCUUAUAUUUUGAAGAAACUCCACUCUGAGAGAUUUCAAGGCCGAACAUAUCAGAGUCUUGAAACCUCCGACAUCUAUACUGACAGGGACUACGAUUCUGCAAGCCAAUCGGACCCUGAGGAAUUUGAUUUUACCGAGGUAUUUGUGCAUCAAAUGAUACACACCAUCGAAUUUGUACUUGGUGCAGUAUCAAAUACUGCGUCAUAUCUCCGGCUGUGGGCUUUGAGUUUGGCCCACUCGGAGUUAUCGACUGUUUUCUACGAAAAAGUUCUCCUUCUUGCGUGGGGGUAUGACAGUCUCGUUAUUCGUUUGGUGGGUCUGGCAGUUUUUGCUUUUGCCACAGCAUUUAUACUACUCAUGAUGGAGACACUCAGUGCUUUCCUCCAUGCCCUGCGUCUUCAUUGGGUGGAGUUUCAGAAUAAGUUCUACAGCGGCGAUGGCUACAAAUUUGAACCCUUUUCGUUUGCUGCAUUGAAUGAUGGUGAAGAUUAGAACCUCCAAGUUCCACGUCCAUUUGGCAUUUUUGCGAGGAAGUAGCAGCGAGGAAGAUGAAAUCUCUUGGUGUGCCUUCUGAUUGUAGAGUUGGACACGGACAAUGGGCUGCUACUCUCGAAAUUCAACAUCAUACAUACAUAGGCUCAAGACUAUAGAUGCAAUGGUCUAUGUCUUUCCAUAAGGUGUGUAUGUAAACCAUAUCCUCCUAGUGUGAAGGAGUUAUACACUUCUCUGUGCGUAAACUGUCUAUAUUUUGUUCGUUCUUGGGGAUGCAUUAUUUGGGUCUUCUUGCUAGCCAUACAUAACUUUCAUAAACAACAAUCACUGCUUAGCUGCAUGUGCUAUAUGCUAUGCGAUUAUUGAUUCUUUA